AUGAGCUAUGCUCAUUUGCUUGAAUACAUUUGUGAACGCUUCAAGUUUUCUGCAACUGAUGAUAGCUGCUCUGGUAUUGUGGAUGAAGAUGAUUACCUCAUUGAGGCAUUUAGGACUGAAGUUCAAAAGUCUUACUUGUCAAAUGAGUGGGCUAGUUACAUUCAAUGUGUAGGGCAGAAAUUUCGUGGGGGUUCCCCUGAGUUUCGAGACAAGCUCAGAAAGUAUGCUAUUGAAGUUGGGUUCAGCUUUGUGUUUAUUAGAAAUGAUUGGGACAGAAUUCAUGCGGUUUGUUCCAAUUGGGGAACUGAAGGAUGUGAGUGGAAUGUUCGUGGUUAUGUAUUGCCUGCAAAUGGAUGCUUUAUUAUUGGUGAGUUGGACAAUGUCCACUCUUGCAAAAGUUUUGUUCGGAAGCAAAAACAUGAGCUUUUGGGAUCGAAAAUUGUCAAGACAUGUAUUGAAGAUGACAUUAGCUAUAACUUGUCAUUGAAGCCGAGGAAAAUUAUCAGCAAGUUCAAAUCAGCUUAUAGGUUUGAUAUAUCGUACAAGGUUGCUUGGAAAGCAAAGCAAAAGGCUAGGGAAAUGAUUUACGGUUCUGAGGCUGAUUCGUUUAACAUGCUAACUUGGUAUAGGGAAGCUGUGUUUAGGCUUUUCCUAGCUUAUGCUGGUUGCAUUCAAGGCUUUGAAUUCUGUCUUCCCGUGUUGUAUGUUGAUGGCACUUUUGGGAAGAGUGUCUACAAGGGGCAGAUUCUUUGUUCAACCGGAAAGAAUGGAAAUCAUGGUUUCUUUCCUCUUGCAAUGUGUGUCUAUGAUUCUGUGACGGAUGCUAAUUGGUCCUUUUUCUUCAAACACUUGAAGAGCUUGCUAGAACCUCAUGGUAGAGUGAUUACGUUUAUUAGUGAUCGAGGUGUUGGACUGUUGAGUGCUUUUGAUAAGAUAUUUCUUGGUAAUCCUCAUAUUUUCUAUUACAAGCACUUGACGCAUAACCUUAUGAGUAAAUACAACGGUAAAGGGUCUUCUGUUUUGAAAGAUGAUGUUAAAAAGAAGUUUUUUGAGUUGGCAUAUUCAUGUACUGAAAAGGAAUAA